CAGUGUCUCCUGAUUGGUUUCUGACAUUCUAUGUGCCAAGGGCCCAGACCCAGACCCCAUGAUAGCCUAAGCACCAUUCAUUUCUGAAACUGCUCUCUGCCUCUCUAGAGCUUUGGUCCUUUUCAUGUAAAGAGCUCAGUUGGGCUAAAAGGUAACCUCAGAGAGAUGAUAAUUCUAUUUUAUGGCUAAGGAAACGGAGGUUCCUUGAGAUGUAGCAGCUUGCCCAAAUCUCCCAGCUAGUGAGCAAGAGGGUAGAGUUCAAAUCCAGGACUUCUAUCUGUAAUCACUAGCCACAUGUGGCUGUAUAACUUAUUACAGUUAAAUAAAAGCUUAAAAUUCACUUCCUCAGUCCCACCAGAGACAUUUCAGGUGUUCAUUAACUACAAAUGAUUACUUCCUACUGUGUCAGAGAGUACAUGUAUGACAUUUCCAUUAUUGGAGAAAGUUCUGUUGGACAGCACUAAACUUUGGUGACUCCUUGAAGUUAUGAAACAACAAACACUGUGAGUCUUGACUCUCAAGACUGAAUUUGCGUGAGCUACUUAUAUUUAUUUUGUGCUUCAGUUUCUUAAUCUAUAAAGUGGAGAUAAUGUAAACAAUCUGAUACAGUACCUGCCAAAUAGGCACUGAAUAAACAACAGCUGAUCUUUCCAUCAGCCCAGUAUCUAAACUGGUGAUUUUCAUUUUGCUAGGCAUGGGGGUGGGGCGAGAGACCUUAUCCCUGUCUUGGAGAGCCUUGGGAGGUGAGUAGUGAAAGCUAAGUAUGUAAAUAAGUGUGGUGAAGUGUUUUCAUAUUCGGGAACAAAUCUGGUCAUCUAUGGGGGGUAUAUUUAUGGAAGUGGGUGUUGGGAAAAAUUCAGAAGGGUUAGCCUUUGAACUGAGCUUCCAAAAGAGUUUCUUCCAGAUCACCAAAGAAGUCUCUUGAGGUAAUGUUAAAGGGAAGAGGGUUAGGGUGGGAGCAACCCGGACAGCUAUCAUCCCUUUUAUGACAUUCCCUCUGUGACCUCCUGCUGCCUUACAGAAUUAGGUGUGCCCUCCCCUAGGGCACAUGGCUAUGUUCUAGCUUGGCAGUGACUGUUACCAGUGCUCAUGGUGAAGCUGGAUGUUCACUAGAGAAUGGCAGCUGCUCUCAGAACCCUCACAGGACAGCAUUGCGUAGGUGAGCCAGUCAUUUGUCACAGAUCCAUCUCCCAGGACCUGGAGCUCCUAAAACCAGAUUUGAGGCUGAGGAGAAAGAACAGACUGGAUGGUUGCCAAUCAGCUUGCGCCCUUCUGGGGGCAUUCCUUUUGGGAAGCUGUCUCCAACCAAGGCGGGUUGGAAAUUGUGAUCUCGGGUUGAGGUUGCCUGGACAGUGAGGUUGAGGACCCACCUUCUUGGUACUGGUGGAUUUACCCCAUAAUGAACAAAGUUGGUUUCUUGGACCAGAGUUCUCUUACUCAUACUCUGCUCAAAGGAGCACUGCUGGAGUUUGUACCUCAGGAUUGCUCCUUUGGUACUUCUAUGACUAAUAGGUAAUCCAUCUGAGUGAUAAUGUGUACUUCUGUUAAGUAAAAGUGGGGUUUUGGAGUCAGACCUGAGUUCCACUGCUGGCUCUCCUGUGUGGUUUUAGGCAAAUUAACAUUUUGGAGCCUUAUUUGUGUCACCUGUGACUUCGGAAGAUCCUACUUUGCCACUACCUCCAAAAAUGUUUCACUAAGAGUCUUUGCAGUCUUGAGGGCUGUGGCUGUUAUUUUUUUCUGUGGUUGACUCAAUGAUCUCUUUUCCUAUUUCUGAGUUAUUGGUGGUGUGGGGCCAGAGAGGGUCAGGGGGGUGGAGAUGGUGCUGCACUCUACUUUCCCAUUGUUUUCUCCAUCUGCUGCCCUGGCUUUCAGAUCAGUCCUCAAAGACCUUACUCGGCCCCUCCACCUCCCCCUGCAGAUCUGAUCCAGCUUCACCAGGCUCCAGCCACACUGGCUGCCUUUUAGUUCCCUGGGAAGGUUCUUACCCUCCUCGGGGCAGUUGCUGAGACUUUCCUCUCCCUGGAAUACUAUUCUUCUCUUCCCUAGCCAAUUCCUGACCUCUUUUGCGUUGUGUAGCCUUCAGCUUAAAGGUAACCUCUUCAGAGAGGACAUCUUUGCCUUGUCUAAACUUUAUCCCCUUUCUGGUUUCAGUUCACUGCUUGUUGAUUGCCCUUUUCAUACCUACAGCUGUUUUAUUUCUUUGUUGCUUGCUAUUUUGUUUUCCCUCCACUGGGCUGUAAGCUCCAUGAGGUCAGGAAUCACCUCUAUCUAGCUUGUUCUUCCAGUCUCAGGCAUCUAGAUUACUGCCAGCCUAGCACGGCUGUUCUCUAUAUAAAUACUGUGGAAUGUCUCAAACCAUAGGAAACAUGACACUGAAAUUAACGUGCAGUGCAGUGCUCUGCACUUCCACCUUCGGUGAGGUCCGGAUUUCAGCCCCCUGGAGGGAGUCCCCAAACCCACUACCGGAUCCCUGAUUGUGCCCUGGGAAUGGUUUCCAGGGCGACAGCAAACAGAGGGCGGGGCCUCGGAACUAAGGGCUCCGCUUCUGCCGGCGCUGGGCCCUCCCCUGAGAAGAGGCGGCGCACAGAGGAGAGGCGGGCUCUUGCGCGCUAGGAGGGGUGCAUGCAGGGUCCCGGCGCCGCGCUGCUUCUGAGCGCCGGGGCGCUGGAAGCCGCGCACCGGGGUUCUGCCGCCUGGUUCUGCCAGGAGGGCGGCCGGGUGUGCAGCUGGCCGCGGAAGCUGCAGCCUCCCGAGUCAAGCACCAAAACCCCCGCCCCAUGGACCUGUGCGCACCACACCGCGCUCCAGCCACCGGAGAAGCUCCCGGGGCCCGGGUCUGCCUCCGCCCAUCCCAAGCGGGCUCGCGCAGGUGGCAAACCUGGGGCCGACAGCCCCGCCUCUACGCGCUGCGGAAGCCGCACCUUCGAGUUGCCGGCCUACGGCAUCCAAGCGCAGAGUGCCGCGGAUCUCCGCCGUUUCAGGUCCCCGCACACCUCGGCCCUGGAUGAUGCCCAGUCGCAGGAGGAUGAGGCCCGUUGCGGCCCUCCCAUCCUGGUCGGAGGUUCCCUUGUCCUCUGGCGAGGAUUCUCCAAGGCGUCUCACCACAUGGGCCGGCUCAGAAACGCCAGGAUCCACGUGGAGAGAGCUGUCAAGCAGAAGAAGAUCUUUAUGAUCCAAGGCCGCUACCCAGUGAUACGGUGCCUCUUGCGCCAGAGAGGCUGGGUGGAGAAGAAAAUGGUCUAUCACUCAGGCACCAUCCUGCCGCCACCCCAGAAGGAUCUGGACGGCUCAGUAAUGGGUGAUAGUGACACCACUGAGGAUGAGGACGAAGACAAACCCGAGGCGUUUCAGCCACCACACCUGGUUGACUUUGAUGAUUUGCUGGAAUUUGAUGACCUAGAUGGGACACAUGCUCUGAUGUCCCGCAUGGUUCGGAAUGAGAUCCCCUAUUUCAUCUGGACCACUCGGCGGGAUGUGCUGGACUGUCGCUUCCUCUCCAAGGACCAGAUGAUAAACCACUAUGCCCGGGCUGGCUCCUUUACCACAAAGGUGGGUCUGUGUCUUAAUCUCCGGAAUUUGCCGUGGUUUGAUGAGGCCGAUGCUGACUCCUUCUUUCCCCGCUGCUACCGCCUGGGAGCUGAGGAUGACAAAAAGGCCUUCAUAGAGGACUUCUGGCUGACAGCUGCCCGCAACGUUCUCAAGCUGGUGGUCAAGUCCAAAUGGAAGUCAGUCUCUGUGCAGGCAGAAAUGGAAGAGGCCCCAGGAGACACACAGCACAUGAAACAGAAAAAACCAGCGACAGUGUCCCCAGAGUUUGUGGAUGAGGCUCUUUGUGCCUGUGAGGAGCACCUUAGCAACCUGGCUCACAUGGACAUCGACAAGGGCCUGGAGGCGCCAUUGUACCUCAGCGCUGAGGGCUGGUCCCUCUUCCUCCAGCGCUACUACCAAGUGGUCCACGAGGGGGCAGAACUCAGGCACCUCGACACUCAGAUCCAGCGCUGUGAGGACAUCCUGCAGCAGCUGCGGGCCGUGGUGCCGCAGAUGGACAUGGAAGGAGAUCGCAACGUCUGGAUUGUGAAGCCGGGAGCCAAGUCCCGAGGACGAGGCAUCAUGUGUAUGGACCACCUGGAGGAGAUGCUGAAGCUGGUAAACGGCAACCCCACGAUGAUGAAGGACGGCAAGUGGGUGGUACAGAAGUAUAUUGAGCGGCCCCUACUCAUCUUUGGCACCAAGUUUGACCUGAGACAGUGGUUCCUGGUGACUGACUGGAACCCACUUACUGUGUGGUUCUACCGUGACAGCUACAUCCGCUUCUCCACACAGCCCUUCUCCUUGACGAACCUGGACAAUUCCGUGCACCUGUGCAACAACUCCAUCCAGAAGCACCUGGAGAAUUCAUGCCAUCGGCAUCCGCUGCUGCCCUCAGACAACAUGUGGUCCAGCCAGAAGUUCCAGGCCCACCUGCAGGAGAUGGGGGCCCCACACGCAUGGUCCACUGUCAUCGUGCCUGGCAUGAAGACUGCUGUGAUCCAUGCCCUGCAGACCUCCCAGGACACUGUGCAGUGCCGGAAGGCCAGCUUUGAGCUCUAUGGUGCUGACUUUGUGUUCGGUGAGGACUUCCAGCCUUGGCUGAUUGAGAUCAAUGCCAGCCCCACCAUGGCCCCCUCCACGGCUGUCACCGCCCGGCUCUGUGCAGGUGUGCAAGCUGACACCCUGCGAGUGGUUAUCGACCGGCGGCUAGACCGCAACUGUGACACGGGAGCGUUCGAGCUCAUCUACAAGCAGCCUGCCGUGGAGAUACCCCAGUAUGUGGGUAUCCGGCUCCUAGUAGAGGGCUCCACCAUCAAGAAGCCCCUGGCAAUGUGUCAUCGGCAGAUGAGGGUACGCCCAGCACUCCCUCACUUGCUGACCCAGCGAGGCUCUGGGGAAGGCAAGGACUUGGGGACCGUUACCCACAGGUCAGCUCCUAGGAAGGUUGCUGGGGCCAGGAGCCCGGGGCACACUGAGAAGCCAGACUCCACUGCCACCACCUCGGCCCCUGGAAAGGGGAAAAAAGGCAAGGCGAAAUGUACCACAGCCCUGGUCCACCCCAAUCUCCAGAAAUGGGAACCCCCCGGCACCAGGAUGGGCUGCAUUUUCACCAUGACCUUUGCUAGUGGGGACAGGCAGCCCCACCCAUUGAACAUAUUGCCAUUGAGUCUGAAGAACCCCCAGGCCCUAGCCCCUUAUCACUUCCCAAGCCUCUACUUGAAGGCCCAGCUGCCUCCUCCCCAUGUGCUCCGCUCCCAGGGGCGGGUCCUCAGACUGCAGCACAGCAAGCUGGUGGGCUCUAAGGCCCUGUCAACCACAGGCAAGGCCUUGAUGACUCUACCUACUGCCAAGGUUUUGAUUUCCUUCCCAUCUAACCCUGAGCUCAAGUUGGCAUCCAGCGUCCUGAAACCAAGAAAGGUGGGCCUUGAGCUCGCAUUCGUGGUCCCUGUCCUGGAAGUGCCUUGUGGCCUCCACCCUUCGAGGUCGGAAAUGUUCCUAGAACCCACAGAAAGAUCAUGGUCAAAGGCAAGUUCAAGGCCAGACUGUGACAAACCCAAGGCUGAGGCAUGCCUCCUGAAGACAGUGAGCCUUCCAGGCUCCCUGCCCUUUACCGGUGCAUACCAAGGUCUAGGGGGCAGGGGAGACGUGCGGCUACGGAAGCCCUUGCUUAGAUUCACUGCCCCUAUCCUGGAUGCAGUGCCAAAUAAAAAGGAGCAAGUGAAGUAUCCUGGGCUUGGCUCCAUUCCUAUUGGAGGCUGAAGAGAGGGUACGCUGAGGCCCUGUACCCCAAGAUCCAGAAUGAGAGCUACAGGCCAUCAGCAGCCUUCCACAAAGCAAGGGCCAGAAUUCCCCCACUUGCAACAGAGUUGUGGGGCUUCCUAUUCAGGGACUCCCUGGCAUCUCUGAUCUUUGGAUGGGGGGAUGAGCCUCACUUUAUAGAUGAAGAAACAGAGUCUGAAUGAGAAGCCAUGGCUUGCCCAAGAUCAUGUGGCAGUGAGAAAACUAGGACACACUGCCAGACUGCUCACCACUGGGAGAUCCAUAAGCCCCGAGCCCAGGGGAGAAGCUGGGUAGCAGCAGAAUGACACCUAAGGGUGUGAGACUUACAGCAUAAGAUGAAGGAAGGAUGAACCUUGUCUAAACCAAGCCUUUCUCCAGAGGAAGUGGGUCUGCCCUUCCUAGGUAGGGGGCCAUGGUUGCCUAAAAAGGGAAUAUCAAACAAACCGUCUGAAAUACUUUGGUAUUUCUUAGUUGUAUUGGGUUGAAUGGUAGUCCCCCCUACACCCAAAGAUACAUCUCUUUGGAAAUUGUGAAUAACUUUAUUUGGAAAAAGAGUCUUUGUAGAUGUGAUUGACUUAAAGAUCUUGAGAUGAGAGUACUCUGGAUUAUGCAGGUGGGCCCUAAAUCCAAUGACAGGUAUCUUUCUAAGAGUCAGAAGACACAGACACCAGAAGGCCAUGUGAAGAUGGAGGCAGCCUGCGGUGAUAACAGCCACAAGUCAAGGCUUGGAGCCACCCGAUGCUAAAGAGGAAAGGAAGGGUUCACCCCGAGAGGCUUCAGAGGGCACACCCUUGUUGACAACUUGAUUUCAGACUGGCCUCCAGACAGAUCUGUGACAAAAUUGAUUUCUGUUGUUUUAAGCCACUCAGGUGUGUUAGUUUGUGACAGCAGUCCUAGGAGUGGACAUACAUGUAUUCUGAUGCAGCAACUCCUGCAAAACCGAACCGGGAAGUGCAUAUAAGUGGGUUUGUUGUGCUGACAGUGGAAUGCCCUAACUGUCCAUUAACAGAACAGAUAGACUGGUGCGGUCAUGCGCUGGAAUUCAAGCCCCCACCAUACAUCACAGGUGCCUUUCAUGGUGUGGAAUAAGAAAUCACAAAAGAACAUACAUAGCAUGACUCGAUUUAUGGAAACACCAAAAUCAGGCAAAACGAAGUAGAUUGUUUAGGGAUGCAUGUAUAUGUGGAAAACCUUAACAAGACAACUUAGAAGGAACAAUGGAACCCCUUGGGGAACUUAAAAGAUUGAUGCCGGGGUCUCUGGCCCAGACUGCUUAAACUGGCAUCUUUGUGGUGCAGAAUCACAGGGAAGGUAUGGUUUUUUCUUUUUUUAAAGCUUCCUGAGAGGGAGGCAGAGGGGGUUCUACUGUGGGACCAGAGUUGAGAACUGCUACCCUAAAAAGGAAGGAGAGGCAUGUUUCUGUUUCAUGCCACGCGGUGGUUAAAUGGGCAUCACUUUGUAAUUCUUUAAAUCACAGAGACAUUUAUGUACUCUUUGUAUGUUUGACAUAUUUCAUAGCUUUUUACUGUAAAAGAUCUGAGAUCUUCAUUUCAAUAUCAAAUCCCUAGAGUAGUCCGAUUCAUAGACAAAGGAGAACAGGGAAUGGGGGCUACUGGGGGAUGGGGAGUCCGUGUUUAAUGGGGGCAGAGCUUCGGUUCUGUAAGAUGAUGGAUGAUUACACAACAGUGUACCUGUACCUAAUGCCACUGAACCACUUAAAAUGGUUAAAAUGGUAAA